GUCUCUCCGACCAUCUGUUAUGUGAACCUCCUUGGCAAUAGACAAACAGUUGCCAUCUUGAAUACUACGUACGUGCAUAUAUUGGAUCCUUCAGGGCCUUAGAACUGCAGCGAUGGAUUACAACAACAUUAUUUGGAUAAAAGCAGAGGUAACAGACGAGAUAUCAACUGAGGCAGACUCUGCAAUUCGUGAAGCUCAAUUAGUUAACUCAGAGUCCAAGAAGAAACCUGAACUAAAUUUGGGACUAGAGGAAACCGAGAACAUUUUAUGUGUUCCUGAAUUUCAUCCUCAGAUAAUUAAGGAGGAGUGUCUUGAAGAUCCAUUAGUAAUCUCAGGGUCCCUUGGUUCUAUCAAGGAGCCUCCAGAAUUAAAUUUGGAAGCAGAAGAAAGUGAGAAUUUUGUCUUAACCUCUGCAAAUGAUUCUCUUGAUGUAUGUGACCCACUGAGUGUAACAGAUGAUGAGGAGGCAGCUUCAAAAAGAUGUGCACGAGACAGUCCACGGUUGACGAAAGUGGCAAGUGAGGCUGGUAGUUUUGUAUUUGAUGAAACAUAUCAGGGAACAACAGAUGUGGAAGUUCCAUGAACGGUUUUCUGCUACCUUGAUUAACUGCUUAAUCACUGGAGGAUGGAAGAUGGCCCAUCUAUAAUAAGCACAUAAUAUGUGAUUUAUGUUACAUUUUUGUAAGUAUGUAAGUAGUGCAUCUGCAGAAAAGCUCAUAUCCUGUUGGGAUAUUUGGCAACGCAUUUCUUAAAUUUCUGGUAGCUUAUUGUCCAACACCAAUGAACAACAUAGAUCUGUUACACAAUUGCUUAUAUUUCAUAACUUUAGUGUAACUUCCGAAAUCACCCAUAUAUAAUUUGAAAUUUUACUCCUUUCCAAUGUUUAUUCAGGAACAAUAAUUUAUCCAAAGUCAGGUAUGGACCUAAACAAGUU